GAUGAUGAUGAUGAUGCAUAUGAAACAGCCAGUGGACCAAGUGAUUAUUCUCUUGACAUGUGUGACAGAUUGGAUGAAAUUAAUGACAACUCUGAUGACAGUAUUUAUUAUAUCAACCAUCAAAACAACAACAUUAUCAAGAACAACAACGACGUUAAUAACAUUGGAAAUAUCUUAUUGACACGUAUGGAUAAUGAAAAAUAUGAUAGACCAACUUCUCCUUCUAGACCAUUAGGACGGAGUAGUAGUACGAAAGGGAUAUAUGUCAAUUCCAUUUUUGAUUCAAUGGAUCCUGAAGUGGCUCAAGCAUUACUAGAAUGGCGACGACAAUCCUUAUUGAAAAUUGAUUGGUCUAAUAUGUUUGCUGUCAAAUCAGAACUAUGGCGAUCCUCCAAUCUUUUCCACUUUCUUUCAAUCGAACAACAACAACAACAAUCACCAGAACAUUGUCAUCAACAUCAACUUCUUCAACCACAACAACAACAUCAUCUUGAUCUACCAUCAUCACAGUCAUCGAUAGCCACAAGUCUUAUCAGUUUGGAUUUCAAAGGUGUCUCAUUGGACAAGGCCUUCAGAUCUUAUAGUACUAGAAUCGAUUAUGCCAAAGCUAGUGUACUAGAAAUUGAUCAGGCUUUACAAGUGUUCGCUCAAUUAUACUGGGAAUGCAAUCCAACAAAGUUAUUUAGAUGUGCCGAGCUGGUAUAUAUCGUGAUUCAUUCUCUUAUGCAACUCAAUACAGAUAUUCAUGCCGGAAAAGAGCACAUUGCCAUGGAUAGUUUUUGUGAUCAAACUAUUCAAACGAUACUUAGUCAUCAAGCUUCUAUUCCUAUCAUGCUUUUCGAUUCUGAUGGCGAAACUACAUGGCAACAACAAAUGACUGAUUGUUUGAAGUUACUGUAUAAAUCAAUCCAAAGAUCAAGUUUACUUCCAAAGGAACAGGUUCAACCAACCAGUACUGUUAUUGAAAAGGAAUUUGAUGAUCAACCAAAUGAUGAACAAUGUUUAACAGAAAAUCAACUUGAUACUGCAUUCGACAAUUUAUUCAUUAGUGUACCAGAAACUUCAAACAACAACAAUGUGAUAUCUAAUCCAACUAUGUCAACAACCAUUCUUCAAAAACAACAACAACAACAUCGCCGACGUCGAUCAAACUCAUUAUAUUCAACACCAUCAUGGACAUUAUUACGACGAAGAGAUACUUAUCGCACUAAAAUUGGACCUUAUAAGGAAGGACCUCUCUCAUGUCAAGUCAACGACGAAAAAUGGAGAAUCUGCUGGGUCAUUUUGCAACAAGGGCAUCUUCAUAUAUACCAUCAACAUGAAAAGACUGAAUUCCCUAUUCAUACAACUACCACAUCAACAAGUUCACUUACUUCUGAUAUCAACAACAAAAAUAAGAUCAAGAAAAAAUUUAUGCAUCAUAUAGCACCAUCGAGUACCAGCAGCAAUAACUCAGGUGCUAAUGCAAGUCAUGGUAACAUUCACAACAAUGGUCAGCUGAAGAAAACGGAACCAUAUCAAGAGGUAGAUAUUCAUCUUGGGAAUACAUUUUGUGAAAAGGCUGGAGCACAUGUUUUUAUACUGAAAUUAGCUAAUGGCAGUAUAUAUAUCUUUGAUUGUGGAUCAGAAUCUCAAGUUAAUUUAUGGAUAAGAGAUUGUAAUUAUUGGGCAGCCAUAGAAACGAAAAUUGUACCAUCACGGGGUAUAUCAUCUCAUUCCUCUCUUUUGGAAUCAUCAUCCUUAUCAAUAUCAUCAUGGAAACGACCACCACCACCAGCUGGAGCCAGUGUUUUGGAUAAGAUUGGACAACAAAAAGCGAUUGAUGCACAACUGGAUUAUCUUCAAAAUGAACUCAAAUUACAUCUUCAACAACCUGGAUGGUCAAAUAGUACUUGGCAAGAUAAGAAGAUGUAUUUGGAAUUAGAAAUUAGAAAAUAUCAAUGUUAUCAAAAUGUCAUCUACCAAUAAUAAAAACGUAAUUUUUUUU